GACACCUGACUGUGCAGAUUGUUAGCAGGUUAGCAUAGUUCUGUUUAAGCGGAUGAGAGAAGGAAAACGGGAUUUUUCAGUGUGUUCUAGGUUUAAAAUGUCAAGGAUCUUGGAUCAGAGAAUUUUGCUGCUAGUAAUUUCAUUUUCAACAAGUCUGCACUGUACAAAGGUACUUUCAGAAUGGAAGAAGUGUGGUGAUCGGGAAUGUGAGACGGCAAUGAGCAGAGUUCAAGCCACUACAGACUACUUAGGGCCUGACUGCCGGUAUCUUAACUUCAAAACAGGGGAAGAGAUAAUGGUAUACUCCAAACUUUCAAGGAAAAAUGAAAACUUGUGGACAGGAAGUAAAGGAAAGGAUUUUGGAUAUUUCCCAAAAGAUGCUGUGAAGGUUGAGGAAGUUUUUAUCGUGGAAGAAGUUGAAGUGCUCACUAGGGAAACUGAUUUCCUUUGUCUUCACGGAGAUAAGUACACUCUUGAAAAUGAAGAUAGCACAUCACAUGGUCACAACAAAGAAAGAGAAUAUUCAUCAUCUGAUGCCAAAUCAAAGCUGCAGGAAGAUGAACUCUUCAAACAUACAAAAGACUCCAUGCAAAAGGAAGAAAGAGCUGAAUCGGUUUCUGAAAAUGAUUCCACAGAAUCUCACACUCAGGAGGAGUCGGCAAGCAAAAAGUUGGUUAGAAAAAAUGAGAACAGAAAAGAUGAUACCGAAGAGCAAGAAAUGCAAAACAGUCUCCCACUAGAGACCAUUCCAGCUCAGUCCAGUUGGAUUGCAGGAUGGUUUACCAUGGGAAGUAAAAGCGAUGAAGAGCCCUUAACAGCCAUUACUGAAUCUUUGGAAGAAAAUACAUACCGAGGCAGAAAAAUAUUGGUAACUGCUGAAAAUGACUUACAGGAGCCAAAUGACAAGGAGGAACAAGAACCCCCAGCAUCUGUUUGGUUUCAAGGUGGAUUGACAGACCUUCUGUAUUUUGCUGACAAAAAUGUGGACAUUGGUUUGGCAUCAGAAAAAAAUGAAUCACCAAUCAAUGAUGUUUCUGGUGUGCCUGGACACUCCAAUAAUGAACAGGAAACAACAGUCACAGAGUUACUGACAGAAGGAGAAAAGAGCGAAAGCCAAGAAUCCAAACUGAAUUGGUUUAAUUUGGAUUUAAGUAAUAUUCUUAAUUUUGGCCUUGCUGAGAAAGAUACAAUUGCAAUGGAAGACCAGCAAAGCAGAGAAACAGAGGAUGAAGCAAAUAAGGAUGAAGAAGUGCAGACUAUAGACCAGGAAGAAUCGCACAUGGACAAAGAAUCAAAAGAGAUGGUUAAAGCAGUGACAGAUGAAGAAGAUGAAGAGAAGAAUGCACAAGAAAUAACAGAUUCAAACAGUAACAUGCCAAAUCCUGGGGAGAUACCAGCAAGUGUGCAUACCCUUAAAGACACCAAAAGCAUGUCAAGUAGUGGAGAAUCCUCUUUUGAUAUACUAACAGGUGACAAAGAGAAGCCAAUAGAACCUCACAGUUCAGAACAAGACUUUGUAUCAAAAAGCCAACUGCUGGAAAACACUGAAGCAAAAAAGAGAAACCAGGAGUCAGACAGCAGACAUGACCAUUCAGGAAUAGGCACUAGAAGAAAGCUGCUAGAAGAAACACCAGAGGAGUAUGAAAUGAAUGCAGCUGCAGACAAGGACUGUGACAGUGACCAACACUCAAAAGCAAUAGCAAUUCUUGCAGUAAAUUCUGAAGAAAAAAUGGACAGUUCAGUAGCUGACUUCCCAUUUGAUGUCAAAAAGCCUUUCUCAGAUGCCAUCCAGAACUAUGUUCCAAGUAAUGGAGGCUGGAUAUAUCAGAUACUUCUCUGCUUAAAUGCUCUUGAGAUCAGGGAAUCAAUAAAAUCUGUAUUUUCAGCAUUCGCAAGUAUUAUCAAAAAGGCUGUGGCUUCACUCCCUGAAGACAUGAGACCUGGUCCUGAUCUGUACGGUUUCCCGUGGGAAAUAGUGAUUUGUGCUGGCAUUGUUGGAGCCUUUACAAUUCUCUUGUUCCUGUAUAGAAGUUACCAGUCAGUUAGAAGUCGACUUUAUGUAGGAAGGGAAAAACAGCUUGCCAAUAAAAUUGCUGAACUAGUUGAAGACAAAUGCAAAAUUCUUGAAAAACUCAGCCUUUGCAAAAAAGAGUUUGAAGAUUUAGAAUUGUCUCUGAAGGAUGGUAAUGUUAUGAGAGAAUCAACAGACACAUCUUUUUUUGAGGAAAUGCAUGAGAAACUGAACAAGUCAAACUCGGAACUCAACCAAGAAAUCGAAAAUCUAGAAAAAGAACUGGAAGAAGAAAAAUCUAAGCAAUCAGAAAAUGAUAACUUGGUGGCUGAAAUUCAGAAGAAAGUGGAGUCUUUAGAGAAUGAAGCAAAAUCUAUACAGUCACAAAUUGAUGAGGCCAAGUCCACCUUAAAAGUGUAUCAGGUUAAUACAGAGAGACUCAAGACAUCCGUUCAAGAUGCAGUAGAUGAAAACUGCCAUCUUCAGGAAAGUGAGAAACAGCUUUUACAAGAAGCUGAAGGAUGGGGUGAACGAUUUAGUGAACUAAAUGAACAAACUAAGAUGUUUGAAUCGUCUAAAGCGGAUAUAGAAGAAGUAUUGAAAAAUAAAGAGAGUCAAGUCAAGUCACUGACACAAUACUUACUGAAGAUGAAAGACUGGAGUUCAGCAAUAAGUGAAGAUGAUGAUGCUGAAGAUAAUCACUGGGACACAGAUAUAAAGGGUGAAACAGAGAAUGGAGAGCACUUAGAUGAUCAGCAAAAACGAACUAUAAAGAAAUUGAUCUAUGCUGCAAAGUUAAAUGCUUGUUUAAAGACCCUGGAAACAGAAAGAGAUCAAAUGUAUUCAAAACUGUCUGAUGAAAAUAAAGCUAAAGGAGAACUUACAGAACGUAUAGAAAAACUUCAAAGUCAACAAGCUUCCUUGCAGUCUGAAAAUGAACAUUUUGAAAGUGAAGUUCAAAAGCUUCAGCAGAAACUUAAAGUAAUGACUGAGCUUUAUCAAGAAAAUGAAAUGAAACUACACAGGAAGCUGACAGUAGAAGAGAGAGAACGCCUACAGAAAGAAGAAAAGCUUUCUAAAGUAGAUGAAAAAAUUAAUCAUGCUGCUGAAGAACUAAACAGCUACAGACAGCGAGCAAAUGAUCUUGAAGAAGAGCUAGAAAGAACCAUUCGUUCAUAUCAGAAUCAGAUUACUUCACAUGAGAAGAAAGCUCAUGAUAAUUGGCUGACAGCCCGAGCCGCUGAAAGACACCUCAGUGAUAUAAAAAAAGAAAAUUCACAUAACAGACAAAAAUUAACUGAAGCAGAAUUUAAACUUGACCUUUUAGAAAAAGAUCCUUAUGGUCUUGAUGUUCCAGUUAGGCCAUUUGGCAGAGAGCAUUCCCCAUAUGGACCCUCACCAAUGGGCCGGCCUUCAUCUGAAACAAGAGCUUUUCUUUCCCCUCCAACUUUAUUGGAGGGUCCUUUAAGGCUUUCACCUAUGCUUCCAGGUGGAGGAGGAGGAAGAGGAUCCAGAGGACAAACUGCAAUGUAUGAAGCUGGUAACGAAAGAGGAGACCUGAGUUCUGAUAGAUUAACUGAUCCCCACAGACCACCAUCAGAUACUGGAUCCCUGUCUCCUCCUUGGGACAGAGAACGCAGGAUAAUUCUGCCUCCACCAGGUGAGCCUUACCCUGAUCCAGUUCUUCCUCCUCGAAGACAAGAAAGAUUUUUCCCUAAUCCUCCAAAUACUGGAAGACUUUCUGGACCAGCAGAACUCCGAACUUACAAUGUGCAGUCUUUUGAUAAAACAGAUGGACAAACAUCUCCAGAAAAUAGCCCACGAACAGAACCAAGUGGAAAUGGGAUGAGAGAUCCUUCUAACCUUAGUAACUCGCUACCUGAUCAGUCGCUGGCCUCUGAAAGUGAAGCCGGUUCAGGCUUUGCUCCUCCCCCUUUCCCUCCAGUCAGACCUCCGCUACCUGUGGAUCCUAGAGCACCUUUCAUGAGACGAGGACCUCCUUUUCCUCCCCCUCCUCCUGCUGGCAUGUACGGACCACAUGAAUGUUUUCCAGUACGAGACUUUGGGCUUCCGCGCCCUUCACCACCAAUAAGAAAUCCGUUUCCAAUGAGAUCGUAUCCUCACUAUCCCCCUCCACGACCUGGAUUUUUGCCUCCGCCGCUUCCUCCUGAAAACAGAGUUGAGCCACCUCAGUCAAAUCCAUCAGCUGUAGAACAACCAGAACCGCAGCAAGAGACUUGACAGUCACUUGAGCAACGCGCUGACCCGUUUCUGUGCUCUCCUAAUGCCCUAGGAAUAACCAGAGCUGCCAACUAUCAAGCUUGGACCUGUACAUAGAACCAGGGGACAAGCAGAGAGUCCUUAGUUUGGGAACGCUGCCACCAUGAGAACCCUUUCUCGUUUUUUCCAACUCGCCUUAAGGGUUGCAAAGUACUUACAAAGGUAACUAUGUUUUCUGAACAAAUACAGUAUUUUCUCUGCGUGGGUUAAAUAUUUGUUCUAGCUUGUAAUUAACUGUCUGCAAAAAAACAAUUCUUCCUCCACCAAAACAAUCUACGUCCGCAAUGAUAUUGGAAGCUGCAGGCAAAACAAAAAAUAGCUGGGCUAAGAUAAUGCAGGACAAGCACGGAUUAGAUCAUCCCGCAGAGAGAAUGGAAUAAAUUCAGACAUUCCCCCCCACAAGUAAUAGCCCAAAAAUUAAUUUGCAGACAAGUAAUUUGAGAACAAGCUCAGAUUUAUGCCAUAGGAAGCAGGGUGUAGUAACCCCCUAAGAUGCAUUUAGGUAUGUUUAACCGAGAAGGGUCACACAAGCGUGCACGCCGGGAAGCCCCUGCUCCCCUUCGAAAGCAAAAGCAAUCCAGUUUUAACAAUUGAGGGCUUGUGUUCCAAGUUCCUGCUGCUAAAUCUAGAACGCAACAAGGCUAACCUGACAUCACUGUCUCUUUAGGAAAAGCAAAGAGGAACAAAAAACCCCUUGGAUUUUAAACCCCAUUUGGGAUUAUGCAAGUUCCAAGUGACUUCACACAGUUUGCAAAGUCCCACCCCAAAUGCCAGUGUACGUUCUGUGUUAGGGCCCUGUUAGUUCCCCAACAUCUCAUUUCAGAUCGCUUCAGCUUGAAUUCCUUCAUCCUGGUAUCACUAAUUCAGAUCAUUGCUACAAAUACAAACAACAAACCCAACUUAUUUAUUUCUAAGACAACAGAACAAUCGGAGGUGUAUUUCUCCAGCACUGCUCACGCCCUGCUGGACUGCCUAUACUUGUAAAGUAAGAAAGAUGCCAGCAAUCUGUUGUAAGUGCACCUGGAACACAAGCCAUACCAGUGACUAUAGACUUCAGACUAUAUGCAAAAAAACAGCGCUGGAGCACUAACAACAGCCAUCCAUUGAAUCAGCAUAUAUAUAUAUAUAUAUAUACACAUACAUAUACAUACUGCCUACAUUAAACAUCGUGGCUGUAACUGCACUAAGCAAAGGGACCGGACAUCCCCACCAUAGUCAAGUGGCCUGUUUCUCCCGCUCCUCGUUCUCUCUUUCAAGACUAAGUUAAUUAAAAACAAAGCAGAAAAUAGGUCAAACUAAAAAGAGAACCACAUUUAUAUAACAGAAAGGUAAACAAGUUACUUCCCAGCUGCAUGAAGACAGUUAGCCAUAGAAACACAGUAGUCCGCAGAGAUAAAAUUAACAACCUGCAACUCCGCUUAAAGCUCAGGGUGCAGCAUUUGCUUCAGGAAGUCACACAGAAAAAAAAAACCAACCCAGAAACCUUAACCACUUUAUGACCAAAUUUAUGAUCAGAUGAUGCUGAACAAACACCAUCAGUUUUAACUGUCACGUAAACCUCCCUCCUGAGGCUGAGCCCUGAAAGGCACCAAGUCCCAUUAUUUCACUUUCCUGGAAUAUGAGAAGCUGUAACAGUAUUUACCUUAUCUUCAUUACUAAUUGUAUUAUUUAUCUUAUGCUUUAUCGUAAUCGCAUCUCUUUAGUACGCUGGUAAAUGAUCUUGCUUACCAAAUCGAGCCGAUCUAGGAGACUGCUUGAACAAGCAGCAGCACAAUUCUUACACCUGGUAGCGGUGUGGACCAUCACAAAACGAAGUUCAGAAGCUCCAAUUAAAUCCGUGCUUGGCACGCACACGCUGAGCAGCCACUCCGACAAUUCUCACAGCACAAUCAGCCAUUACAGGGCAUGGCAGCGCCUCGACAGCUAAACAGACAUUUGCAGUUUUCAUUCAGAAUACACAGCUACGUACUCUUGAGCAUGGAUAAAAUGUCAAACCAAAGCAUUGCAGGUAUUCAUAAUCUAUUUAAUAGUGGGACACCAAAGAAGUACUACACAUUGUUCUUGAGCACAUUAGAUUUUGAUUUAAGCGAUUGCAAUGGAUGCAGGAAUUUCUCAAAAAUAAGUCUAUAUUUUACAAUCCAGUUUACUGUAUCAGUCUAAGUCAUAUCACGAUAUACUGUUUGUUGGUAUAUCAUGAUACACCAGUUUGUGCUAACUGGUCUGACAGUCUGAUCUUUAGCAAAGCAUCCGUCCCCUUCUUCCACCCCCCAAGAAGAUGUUGACAAAAUUCAGCCAAAUUAAAAAAAAUUACCGUACGACUUAUUUUAGACUCUUUUGUUGACCUACACACAAUGGGAGCUACCAGUUACACACAGCUUAUGAACGAUGUUGCCUUUUAAUUCUAAAAAUCUUCAUGCUGAUACAAUAAAAUAUUUUAUACAGCGA